CGCCUUCUCCUUCACCUUAAAACAACAUAAACAUGGCUCAUGACAGUAAACACAUCGCACAGUUGAAAUCUGAACUGUACUUCCUAAUCGCCCGAUUUUUGGAAGCUGGACCUUGUCAAAAUGCGGCAGAGACCCUGAUACGGGAGGUUCAAGAGAAGGAGCUGUUGCCUAAAAGAACGGAUUGGACGGGAAAGGAACACCCGGGGAGUUACGAAAAUUUGGUGAAGUUGUACAAGCACAUCUCUCCAGAUCACCUGUUGCGAGUGUGUGAGCGUGUGGGACCUCUGUUAGAGAGAGAGGUGCCGGCCAGUGUCCCAGGGGUUCACUCAUUACUGGGAGCAGGACGUCAGUCUUUACUGCGCACCAACAAGAGCUGCAAACACGUGGUAUGGAAAGGUUCUGCCCUCGCAGCCCUGCACUGUGGCAGGCCUCCCGAGCCGCCAGUCAUCUAUGGGAGCCCGCCCAAUAUCGUGGAGACCACUUACAGUCGGAGACUGAAUGGGACGUACCGAUUGGGUCAGUUGGUUCCCACAGCCAUAUACCAACAUAUGAAGAUGCACAAGAGGAUCUUGGGACAUCUGUCCUCGGUCUACUGUGUCACCUUCGACAGGACCGGCCGCCGCAUCUUCACGGGCUCAGACGACUGUCUGGUGAAGAUCUGGGCCACAGACGACGGGCGUUUGUUGGCGACAUUGCGAGGACACGCAGCAGAAAUCUCGGACAUGGCGGUGAACUACGAGAACACGCUGCUGGCGGCAGGAAGCUGUGAUAAAAUGAUCAGAGUGUGGUGUCUGCAGACCUGUGCCCCUCUCGCUGUGCUGGAGGGUCACGCCGCAUCCAUCACGUCUCUGCAGUUCUCUCCCCUCUGCAGUGGCAAUAAGAGGUUCCUCUCCUCCACUGGUGCUGAUGGCACCAUCUGUUUUUGGCAGUGGGACGCACGCACACUCAAAUUUGGGCACAGACCCAGUAAGUUCACUGAGAGGUCUCGUCCUGGCGUUCAGAUGAUCUGCUCGUCUUUCAGUGCAGGGGGCAUGUUUUUGGCCACGGGCAGCACGGAUCACAUCAUAAGGGUGUAUUACUUUGGUGACGGCCAACCGGAUAAGAUUGCAGAACUAGAGUCACACACGGAUAAAGUUGACAGCAUCCAGUUCUCCCAUGGAGGAGACAGGUUUGUCAGCGGAAGCAGAGACGGCACAGCGCGGAUAUGGCAGUUACAGCAGCAGGACUGGAGAAGCAUCCUACUGGACAUGGCCACCAAACUGCCGGGCAAGUACAACCCACCUCCUUUGGAAGACAAAGUCACCAAACUCAAAGUUACCAUGGUAGCCUGGGAUCGCCAUGACAACACAGUCAUCACCGCGGCCAACAACCUCACACUGAAGGUGUGGAACUCCUACACAGGACAUCUCAUUCACAUUCUAAUGGGCCAUGAAGAUGAGGUGUUUGUUUUGGAGCCCCACCCGUUUGAUCCCAGAGUGCUGUUCUCAGCAGGGCAUGAUGGGAACGCCAUCGUGUGGGAUUUAGCACGAGGAGUCAAAAUACGUUCUUACUUCAACAUGAUUGAGGGCCAGGGCCACGGAGCUGUGUUUGACUGUAAGUGUUCUCCGGACGGUCAGCACUUUGCCUGCACAGACUCUCACGGUCACCUCCUCAUCUUUGGCUUCGGCUCCAGCAGCAAAUACGACAAGAUAGCAGAUCAGAUGUUUUUCCACACGGAUUACCGGCCGCUGAUCCGGGACGCCCAUAACUAUGUGCUGGAUGAGCAGACUCAACAGGCUCCACACUUGAUGCCGCCACCGUUCCUGGUGGAUGUGGAUGGGAACCCCCACCCUCCACGUUACCAGCGCCUGGUGCCCGGCCGAGAGAACUGCCGGGAGGAGCAGCUCAUUCCGCAGAUGGGCCUUACCUCAUCAGGUUUGAAUCAGGUGGUGAGUCAGCAGGCAGCGGAGGGGUCCAGUCCUCUGGACAGUAUGAUCCAGAGACUCCAGCAGGAACAGGACCAGAGACUGGGCUCUGAUACCAGAGCAAGCCGAGGUUCUGUAAGUUCGGCUGCAGAGGUCUCCUCUCCUCCUAACGUGGGUCUGAGGCGCAGUGGGCAGAUAGAGGGGGUCAGACAGAUGCACAGUAAUGCCCCCCGCAGUGAGAUGGCCACUGAGAGAGACCUGGUCGCCUGGAGCAGAAGAGUACUGGUCCCCGAGUUACCGGCCGCUAUCGCCAGUAAACAGGAGGUGUGGAGGACUGCUAAAGGAGAAGAGGAGAUUAACAUCUACAGAUCAGAGAGGAGAAGACGCAAUUUACAUUACCACAGAGAGAACAGGCAACAUGCUCAGGAGAGCACGGCAGAGGAGGGACGCCGUUACCAAGGAAACCAGCAUAACUACCACACUCGGUUGGCUGUGGAGGAGACGAGUCGCCAGAGUGAGCCCAAUGAGGAGGAGCACAGCACCUCAGAGGGAGAAGCUGAUGCCCGGCCUGCGAGUGGAGAGACGUCAGAUGAGGAGAAAGAAGAGAAGGAACCUUGGCCUGACGACCACAGCAGUUCCAGCGAUUACUCAAGUGACUACUCAGACUGGACGGCAGAUGCGGGUAUUAAUUUGGAACCUCCGAAGAAAACGAGUCGACUUAAGAAGAAGAAUGCCAGCAGCUCAGAGGAGGACGGCGAAAAGAAGAAAGAUAAAGAUGCCAAAAAAGAGAGAAAGAAAGAAAAACAAGACAAAGAUGGAGCUCUACCAAAGAAAAAAAAGCCAAAAGAACGGAGGAUGAAGGUGAGUAGAGAAUUGCCGGAGCAGGGUCUGACUCUGGAGGAGUGGUUACCAUCUGCCUGGAUCACCGACACUGUGCCACGCAGAUGCCCCUUCACUCCACAGAUGGGCGACGAGGUGUAUUACUUCCGUCAGGGGCAUGAGGCUUAUGUGGAAAUGGCCAAACGAAACAAGAUCUUCAGCAUCAACCCCAAGAAACAGCCCUGGCACAAAAUGGAGCUCCGGGAGCAGGAGCUGAUGAAGAUAGUUGGGAUUAAGUACGAGGUGGGUCUGCCUACACUCUGCUGUCUGAAGCUGGCCUUCUUAGACCCAGACACAGGCAAACUCACGGGCGGCUCGUUCUCCAUGAAAUACCAUGACAUGCCUGACGUUAUUGACUUCCUGGUGCUGCGUCAGCAGUUUGACGAGGCCAGACAGCGUCAGUGGAGGAUAGGUGACCGGUUCCGGUCUGUUAUCGAUGACGCUUGGUGGUUUGGAACGAUUGAGAGCCAGGAGCCCUUUCAGCCUCAGUAUCCAGACAGCCUGUUCCAAUGUUACAACGUCUGUUGGGACAAUGGAGACACAGAGAAAAUGAGUCCGUGGGACAUGGAGGAGAUUCCCAAUGAGGCUGUGUUUCCAGAUGAGCUGGGGUUGAGUGUCCCUCUGACUGAGGAGGAGCACAGGGCUCUGCUGUAUAAGCCUCUGGAGGGAGAGUGGGGCUCACGCACACGUGAUGAAGAGUGUGAACGCAUCAUCGCCGGAAUCGACCAGCUCUGCACGUUAGAUGUGGCUGCUCCUUUUGCAUCACCAGUGGAUCUGCAGGCAUAUCCCACAUACUGCACUGUAGUUGCCUAUGUUACUGACCUGAGCACCAUCAAGAAUCGCCUGAAAAACCGAUUCUACAGGCGAAUGUCGUCUCUGAUGUGGGAGGUUCGUUACAUCGAACACAAUGCACGGACGUUUAACGAGCCUGGAGCCUUCAUCGUCAAAACAGCCAAAUUUGUGUCUGACCUCAUGCUGCAGUUUAUCAAGGACCAAAGUUGCACUGAUAUUAUUCCACUGUACAACAGUAUGAAGAAAGCAGCAUUCUCUGACACAAGUGAUGAUGAAGACGAGGACGAGGAACCUGAUGCUCCUGGUACGUCAACACGCACAAAGAAGGGCCAGCGACAGCCCAUGCUGAGGACUCUGAGGAAUAAGGCCCAGUGUCAGGACCCUCAGGCCUGGAAAGAGAGAUGUAAAGAACUCCUGGACCUCAUCUUUCAGUGUGAAGACUCCGAGCCUUUUAGAGAGCCUGUGGACUUGCAGGAGUACCCUGAUUACUUGGACAUUGUCGACACGCCCAUGGACUUUGGAACGGUCCUAGCGACUCUGUUGGGUGGAGGAUAUGAAUCUCCCAUGGAUCUCUGUAAAGACGUCCGCCUCAUUUUUAGCAACUCCAAGGCCUACACACCCAGCAAGAGGUCAAGGAUCUACAGUAUGAAUCUACGUCUCUCUGCACUGUUCGAAGAACAUUUCAGUUCCAUCUUGGCAGAGUAUAAAUCUGUCCAGCAUCUCCAUAGUGACCGGUUGACACGACAGCGUUUGCACACAGAACGUCUGACCAGGCAGACAAUGAAGAGGAGAAGAGGAAGCUCCUCCCCCUCCAGUACAGCCUCCAGCCCUGAAAGAAAAAGGCGUGUCACUUCUCGACCGACUCCCUCUACUGACGUUGCAGCUGCGCCCACUCCAUCUGCCGCCUCUCGGCCGCCCUCGCUCCGGCAGAAUCUUCCACACGUCAACGGAAAGGCGGAGCCUGCUGCUGCCACCGUCCGAACUCGCAGCUCAGCACGUUUCGGGUCGCAACCCUCAGACCCGCCCCCUUCUCCUCCAGCGCCGCCUCCAGCACCUACUCACAGUAAGAGUGUAGCUGAGCCCUCCUCCAGAACCCUUCGAGCUCAGAAUUCCCACACACCUCCAGGGAUCUCCAAGGAGACAGAGAAUGCAUCAGUGUCCCCUGGAAAUGAGGGAGGACUGAGAGAAAGGGCACGGAGAAAGCUGCGCACCCCUGUGAGACACACCCCAGGUCCGGUACAUCAUAACUCAGUUGCUCAGAAUAGUAUUCAUCUGAAUGGCCACAGUAGUCACGUGACCUUGGGCGUGGGCCGAAGAGGACGAAGACCAAAAUCAGAAACCCAAAUAAGGACGGUGGUGGUACCUGAGCCUGCCCCUGUACCUCGCCCCCCUGGUAAAAAGCGAGGGAGGAAGAGUAAGAAAGAACUGGAGGCCAUGAGGAGAAAUGCCUCAAACGAACACGAGCCUGAGCAGUCGACCAGCGAUGAAGCUGGAGCUUCUUCCUCCACUCAGGACGGUGUCUUAUCAGACUCAGGUCCAGAACCUCCGGAGAGGCCCCGCAGGGGUAGACCACGAUUGGUCAAGACGUCGGAAACGGCCCCGCCCAUCCCGGUACCCUCGACUCCUGUAGCUCUGAGGAGAAGUAGUCGCCGUAGCAACGAGGAGGCCACGCCCCCCAUCCCUGUCCCUGUUCCUGCCCUGGGGGAGGUCCCAGAACUGGACGAGUCGGAAUCAGGGCAGGACGGAAGCUCGAAAGGGCCUAUGAGGACGCGUAACCAGGGCCGUCGGACUGCCUUCUAUAAUGAGGAAGACUCGGAGGAAGAGCAGAGACAGCUUCUGUUUGAGGAUGUGUCAAUCACCUUUGGCACCUCAAGCAAAGGCCGGGUCCGUAAGCUGACGGAGAAGGCCAAGGCUAACCUCAUAGGCUGGUAACCACGGCAAACUAUCUGUCUGCCUCCUCCACCCCCCCAACCGCUGUCCCAUGGUUCUUUUAGGGGGAGGCAACAUCACUUCUGCUGCUAUUGGACUCUUUCUGAGUCUGUUUAUCUGACUCUUGAACUCUGGCACGUUGAUUAUGACUCUUACACUUGACUCUUUGACUCCUGUGAGUGACUCUGUAAGAGUGAUCCUAGA